UGCGUUGAAGCAUCAUGUCUGCUGUAAAGACGGAAGAUGAAAUAACCGUCGUUGAGCGGGAAAUGAAAGAAUUUUGGACUGAAUUAAAAAGCGUUUAUGGCGCGGAACAGAUCAAUCAGACUUUAGCACUGAGAGACUCGUGCAAGGAGUCCAUAAAGGUGCUUUCAGAGAGAUGGGCCAAGAAGCUGAAAGAAGGGGACCUGAUGAUUGAUAAAAUUCAGGAGUACAGAAAUGAGAUUCUCCAGCAGAACAAACACAUAUCAGAAAAUGAAAAACAUUUGAUGGAAAUAAAAUCUAACCUAAACCACGAAGAAGAGCAAAAUAAGGAGUUGACUGACAGUAUCCGAGAGCUUAAAGAAGAGUUGAUGAAGAAAAAGGAAAUAAUAUCUUCAAAAAACAAAGCUACUAAGGAGAGAGUGGAACGACUGUGCAAGUCUAAAGAGCUGUUUGAAGAGCGGCUUGGAUUGGAAAUACGCAGAAUUCAUAAUGAGCAGUUACAGUUUAUAUUCAGACAUAUUGACCACAAAGAUCCCGACAAGCCAUAUAUGUUUACCCUUUCCAUAAAUGAACAGGGAGAUUAUGAAGUGACUUCAUGUACUCCUCCUCUGGAUUGUAUAUCAGAGUUCCAGCUGAAAGUGAGAGAAACUAACAAUUUUUCUGCAUUUAUUGCCAACAUCAGAAAAGCGUUCACUGCUUUAUCUUUUAAACAAUCUACUUAAAAUUAUAAAUGCUUCUAGCUAUGAAGCACUUUUAUUUUUCCUUCCUGUGCUGUGAAAGUAUGUAUCUAUCCAUGUCUUACUCUAAUUCUCUAAUUUCUAAAUAAAGAAAAAUAAUGAAAACAGUA